CCAGCGUUGUCUGACAACACACAACGAUACGAUCAGACUUUGAUAUCUGACUAGCUUUGACGGAAAAUCCAAAAAAAUACUGCUGUGCGCUCACCUGCCGUGCUAGCAGAUCGACCUUUGGCCUAGACUCUUCUUCUCGAGAUCAACAGAAAGAUCUAUCGAGUUUGAGGCUUAACAUCUACUGACACAUCUACGACAGUCCUUCUAUUUCUCUCCGAAAGAACCCCCUCCGGACAUCAAUAUGUCCAAGCUCUUUGUCGGCGGCCUCGCUUGGCACACAACCGAUGAGACCCUGCGGCAGGGAUUUGAGAAGCAUGGAGCGAUCGAGGAAGCCAUCGUUGUGAAAGACCGUGACACGAACCGCAGCCGCGGAUUCGGGUUCGUCCGCUUCACAAACCCUGAAGAUGCAGAUGCCGCGAUGAAUGCUAUGACAAAUCAAGAAUUUGAUGGCCGCAUUAUCAGGGUCGACAAGGCCUCUGAGCGUACCGGACCCCGCAACGACGGCGGUUUCCAUGGUCGCGGCGGUUACAACCGCACAGAUGGUAACAGUGGCGGUUACAAUCGUGGCGGGUACAAUCGCGCGGAAGGUGGUAGUUAUGGUAAGUGGUUCCUGAAUGUUGUAAUGCGAAUGCAGCAGCUAAACUAUCUUUCAUAGGUGGUUACGGACAAGGUAGGUAAAUCCUGCUCGAUCAUGCAGAACUCCGUCUCGAGAUGAGGAAUCAGAGCUGACCCCGACCCAAGGAGGAUAUAGCCAGUAAGUCCCUUGCACGUCAAUCACCGGGCCAGG